CUGUCAGUGACGUAGUUCACUAUUAUAUCACAUCAGAUAUACCACUUUUGAUUUAUGAGAUAGUCAAAAUUGUAUGAUAUUUUCAUAUAGCAAACGAAAUGGAAGGUAGACGGAUAAGUCUUUAUACGUAAUGUCAUCGCAUGUACAUGAGCUGGAGAGGCGCCUGGAAGAGGCUGGAUACAGUCUUCUGAAGCUUGGAGCAAUAAUUGGUGAAUUUAAGAUCAAUCCGAAUGAUGAUGAAAUUGACACCCCUGAGCAGGCAAGGGCAGCCGUCAUUCGCCACAUUGACAAAAUAAAAGGACAGCAAAAUCAAAAUAGUGAAACCCUUGAAUUAAAAACUGAAAAUCUGUUAAAAGUUUUAAGAGUCGAAAGGGAAAAUCAGCUCAGUUGUGUCCAGCUAUUUGAUAAAGCGAUUAAAGAGGUCGAAUACCAGAGCAGUUUUAUUCAGUGUAGUCUACAAUUGCAGUCAUCUGAUUUUAGAAAUGAAAUGUUGAAACGUAAAAAGUCUUUGGAACUAGGUAAUGUGAAGAUACUAAUAACAGGCGAAAUAUGCGCAGGAAAGAGCAGUAUUUUGAACAUUCUUAUGGGUGGACAUUACAUGCCUGUUGGGCAUGGGCCGUGCACGAUGAUCCCAUGUGAAAUACAGCAAAGCAAAGAAAGAAAAGCACUUCUUUGUUAUGAAGAUACAAGAUAUUCUACUAGAGAAAUAAAAUUAGUAACGGACGAGAAUGAUCCGGUGUGGUCGCAAAUUCGGGAAUGUGUCGAGACAGGUGAAGAUAGACAGCUGCAAGAAGGGAAACAAAGAACAUACAAACGGUUGAAAAAAAUCGUCGUGUAUUGGAAUAUGCAAAUUUUAGAUGAUGUGCAUCAAACUAGAAGAAAAUGCGUGCAUGAAGAUUAUUCUUCGACAGACAUUGACAAGGUAAUAAAUGGUAUAACAUUUGUUGAUGCACCAGGGAUCCAUGAUACUGAACAGACGUUCUCCAAUAUACAUGAGUACAUUGACGACUGCGAUGCAUUCUUAUUCAUCAUAAAUACUUCUCAACAUGCUGGCAUUGACAGAGACAGACUGAUUCGACUGAUGAAUGACGUGCAAAACAGUUUUCAGAAGAAAAAUGGUAUAUUUACACCCAGGUGUGCCCUGUUUGUUUGUAACAAAUGGGACUAUGUAGACGACAAUAUAAAAAUAAGUUUAAGGAAAGAAAUACUGACCAAACUUCAAAACUGGUGGCCACGUGUAACUGAACAACAAACAGUUACUUUCAGCGGAUCCGAGCAGGCAAUAAAAUCUAUACAGCUGAGAUACUACACUAAGGAAUAUGUUUCUUUUUUCGACCGACUUUGUGCUUUCGUGGAAACUGCGGCACGCCUAAAGACAGAAGUGCACUGCUGGUGGCUUUCUACAUUCACCGAUAAAGUUCUUGCUAUCAUUUGCAACGUACAGGCCAUCGUACAUAGAUACAAGGCAAACAAAGAGAAAGUUAUUGCACAAAUUCAGAAUGAUAUUGGCGUGGUCGUACAACUGCAAGAAAAAAUAGGUGACAUAGAUACAAAAUUGACUGAAACACUGAAUGGAAACAUUAAGAAGAUACAAAAGCAUCUACAAAAUGAUCUAAGAGAAAACAAAGUCAAGUUAGCGGUUUGGCAUAUAAACGAUAUUCCAAGACAGACAGGCACUGGGAAUUGGCACAAGCUAAAUUGCAAGAUAAAUGAAGCCAUAGGAUUGAGAAUAGAGAACCAUAUCAUGACAAAUUCUCAUAUCGAAUCAGUGAGAAAACAGUGUAGUAAUGACGUUGAUGAAUGCUUGAACUAUGUUAUUACGCUUUAUGCAGAAUUAGAGAGAAAGCUCACAUUUAAACGGCAAAUACGCGAUGACAAACUACAAGAUUUAGUAGAACUUAUGUCCGAUUCGACCGCUGGACUUUCCUGGGAAGAGGUAGCUGGAAUAAUAGUAGCUGUAGUUUUUCCAUUGGCACCUAUUCUGGUUCUUCUGAUAGAAGCAAUAGACUCCGUCAGAAAAACUCAAAUGCUAAACGAUGAGAAGCUUUUCCAGGAUGAUUGUUACUUUUACAUGAAACGACAAACGGAAAUCCUUGUUGAGAACAUUUUGUCAUCCAGAUUGCAGCAGGUGUCUGCGACUCUUCUUGACGGCCAGAUUAAAAACUCUAGAUUUGUUUUAAAAUAUUUUCAUACAUGCCUCAGUAUUCAGGUGCAGAUGCUUCAGGAGCUCAUGAAGGAAAUAUCAAACAGUAAACUCGAAGUCAAGAGAAAAGCUCAAUUAAAUCAAUUUUCUGAGGAAAUCCAAAGGUUUCUAAUAGGUAAAGUUUUACGUCCUGAAAUUGACCAAAACUUGAUCUCGUGUGAUACUUGCCCAAAAAAUUACCUUGGUGGAGGGACUUUUGGAAAGGUCUACAAAGGGACACUCCGUGGCAACAUAGACGACAAAAAUGUAGCAGUUAAAGUUAUACGCUGGCCGCGAGCAAGGGGAAAGUGCCCGGAUGAUACUUUCAUAUACAGAGAAUGUUUUGUUUUAAGAAUGUUGUCUGUCAAGCCAGAUCAUUUGAGGAAAAACGUUGUUGAGUUCUAUGGUGAAUUUGCUGACGUGAGCUCGUCCGUUUAUACACUUCAUCUAGUCAUGGAGCUCUGCGAUGGCAGCUUAGACUCGCUUAUACAGAGAGGCAAACUGAAUAUGCCCUGGUGUGAAGAAAAUGGCAUUGAUUUUCCUGGCAGAGACCAAACCAGAGAGGAAACCGUUGGCUACAUUAUUCAUCUUGCAGAACAGGCGGCCAGAGGAAUUCAAUUCCUUCACGAUAACAACGUUGUUCACAGAGAUAUAAAACCUCAUAAUUUCUUGAUCAAGCAUAUGGAUGGAGAGACACGAGUAAAAAUCUGCGACUUUGGGAUGUCACGUGACCAGAACCUCAUCAAAACUAGGAAUUGCGUUGGCACAGUUUGCUAUAACGCACCCGAAGUGUUCACUGGGGACAUUAACACAUUUGCGAGUGAUAUGUACAGUUUUGGUCUUGUAGUUUGGGAACUUUGGUAUGGUAAAACCCUAACACCAGCUGACCUAAGUAAUCCAAGCAGAAAAGCGCCACAAUUCAGGGACAUUCAGCCUCCAGUUUCACUGAAGAAACUUGUAUUAGCAAUGUGGAAAAAGAACCAAGAAGAACGACCAGAUGCGGCAACUGCAGUCUGUCAACUCAAGGAGCUGAGGCGAUGUUACAACGUAUUCUCUCAUACCCCAACACCGUAAAACACCACAACAGUUAACAUUCAGUUUACUUAAGAAACUGUAAGGUUCUGUCAUUGAUGGAAUAUUUUAGGAUUUCAGUUAAAAUCAAGGUUCUGAAAAUUUUACUACAAAUACAUUUCCUUCUUUGUCAUAUCAUUCAUGUUAAAGAUAGGAAAUGUUUUGUCAAAUUAAAAUAUUAUGCUUUAUAUUAACUUAUGUCAUGUUAUUGAUAUAGCAGAGCUUAAGUUUCUUGAAAUGAACCAUUUUAUUACAAUGUACGAGUUAAGUCCUACAGUAUAGGUCUUAUAUAUAUAUCUGUCACAUCCUGUCAUUAGUUUUCACGAUCUGUCAAUUUUUAUCACCACUUUCCAUUACAUACCUGGUUGUUGUAUUCAAGUAAAAAAAUAUACAAUUAAUUUCACGUAAGUAGCAGUGCCUGAAACUGUUUAUUUUAGCUCAAUCUGAAGUCUAAUCAGUCAUAAUUCAGACCUUAUUUUGUACAUGGGAGAUAACUCCUAAGGCUAAUCACAUUUUGUAUUCUUCUUCUUCAGAUAAUGAGACCUAACUGGGAAUUGCUGAGAAAGUAAAAUGGAAAUAAUAAAACUUUUAGAAAGAUAUUUUAAGAUAUAAAAAGAUAUCUAACCGAAAGUCAGACUGACUUAGUUCACGAAAUAAUUUCUUCUGUUUCUGAAUCCUGCAGUAAUUAAGUUUCUAGCAUUUGAUUUAGUUCCUUCAUGAUCGGUAAAGAAUACUUUUAGGUUAAUUUCUACAUUAUUUCUCUUAAGAAACAAUUGAGAUUUUAGUACUAACCGGAAGUUCCAAAUGUAACAAGACAUUAACGAGGUUAAUACGUCAUAUAUUUGUAACUUUGAAACUUGGAAAAACACAUAUAUACAGUAACUGUUAAAUGAUGAAAUUUAAAAAAAAAUGUAACAAUCUACCUUUAACAUUCAUACGUUCAGUUACAAAACUGGAUCGGUAAACAGUUUAUGAAAAAACACGUAGCAAAAAUAAUGUCAGUUAAUUUUAGGGGUCUCCAUGACCGGACUGUUAAGGCUGAUAACUUCAAACUACUAGCUUCUCACGAGUGUAGAUUCGAGUUUUACUUGGGGCGCAGAAUUCGUCAUGUAAGGGAGCUAUCCAGCUGGCUUAAGGAACGUCGGUGGUUCUAUCCAGGUCCCCGCACAUGCCAGAGACCAUGACCAGAGGGGUCUUCCUUUACUAUAAAAAAGAUGGAACGUCGCCAUUGGGAGGAGUAAAUGUUGUCAGUGUGAAUCUAAACCCAAGAAAAUAUCUUUACGUACAUCUUAAAAGUUCAAGUUAAAGUGCAAGUGCUUAAAAGGGAAUGCUUUUGGUAGGCAAGAAAUUAUAUUGAAGUCUUGGAAUCUGCAAUUUCUGCGAGUAUUGUCGCAUCUUAGUUGAGCGUCACUCUACCAUAAAUAAAUAUACUUUUUCAUUUUCAUAACGCCAGAGAAUGCAGAAAUUGCAUAAUGAGCAUACAUAAUCAAACUAAAAUUGUUGAUUAUUAGUACGAUUCCACUACCUUAAAGAUGAUGAUUAGGUUACUAGAUUUUACACAUAUUAUUGUUCUUUAUACUAUUUUACAGAAUAAUAAAAUAAUAAAACAAAAAUAUCAUUGGUUUUAAAUAUACGAAACAUUUCAUACUCGUGUGACUUACCAAUGUGUGUUCAUGGUGGCUUUUUAAUGUAGUUUGUUUUCAAAAUUUUUUCACGUGUCACGCUGUACAUGGUAAAAGGUACCAACUAUUGAUGAAGAUAGACCAUUUCCUGAUCAUAGUUUUCUCAAUUGCUAUUUCUUUUUCUUGACAUAUUCUGUAAUUGACAUAAAAACUGACCAAAAAAAAGGAACCCUAUGUCUAUUUUUCAUUUAAAAAAUAAAUAUUUCAUCAAAUAAAUCGGACAUUUACGUUAUUACUUUGCAAACCCUAUUGCAAAAUGCCAAAACUUAAAUAUUCUAGAUUGAAAAGAAUAGAUAUUCCCUUUGCUGUAAAAGUUACUUAAUCUGUUCAACAACAUUUGUACAUGAUUACAAUCCUAUACUUUCAGUUGCAUGUUACAAAAGUCACACAAGUUUGUUGUAGACAACUUCACUUUGAACAAAUACUUAUUAGUUGGGGCUAUUCGCAUUAAAAUUUAUACUGGUAUAGCUUCUAAUUUUUGUGCCAUAUGUUGCUUUAAAAAUGUGUCCAUAAACUAUAUUCCAUUUUACGUUAACAUUGUUUUCAAGAAUAUUUCCCAAUUUCUUUUCAGAUUGUAUUUUAGCUAUAUUUUUAGAUUUACCUUUAGCUGCUUGAUGCAUAGUGGUUUGUUAGUGGUUUACCUCUCUGAGCCUUUUUAGUAGGUUGUCUAAUGUUUCUGUUUUAAGUGACUCUUUUAGGUCUGGCUUAAUGAUAGUAAUCAUUUCAUAACAUUUUAGGAAUUCAUUAUUUCCCAGACUAUAAAACCACUUGAGCUGUCCAAACGAAUAAAAUCAUUUUUCCCCAUAAAGAAAAACAGCUCAAUAUAUCUUAUCUAUUUUUCAUGUCAUUCUUUAUAAUAAAACAAAGCACUCCCAUAUUCCGUAUGUUUGAAUUAUUCCAGCUUUUCUGUUUUUCGCUUAUAUCAAUAUAUUUGUCCUUUUUAAUUUUAUGCCGUGCAAUAAGAACAUCUACUUUUUUGUUUUUACUAGAUCUAUGUUUUGAUAUAUUUAUCAUUGAAAUUACUAAGAUAUUAACACAUGCUUUCGAUACGUCAUAAGUUCAUAACGUAUUCUUUGUGUAUGUUAAAUACUUAUCAUUAUUUUUUUGUGUACUGUACUAGUAUAUCAAGAAACAGUCCUAAUACAGGGAUAAAACUCAUUCUUUGUGCAAUAUGUAUCAUUUUAGAAACAAUAAUAAAUUGCUUGAAAAAGA